AUGACUCUAGCUCGCGAUAGCAAGAUUGUUUCCGAUUGCAUCUCCGCCUGCGUACAACCGAGAGACGACAGCCUUGAUCUGGGAAGUACCACGUCUGCUGGCUUGACUGUGCCCUCAAGGCUUCUGGAACAGCUGGCUCGUGAAGAUACUUUUAUCGCAGAAGUCGUAACUGCGCUGCUCACGGUCAGCAGCGUGUUCUACACACCACCCUCUGAGUGGGCCAUCAUAACCUCUACCUAUGAAGCACGCCUGGCCGAGUCUGUUCUGUCAGGCGGAGGCUUUGAACUUACACCAGAGCCCUUGAAGUCGCUCUUGCGGUUGCAAUUGAAAGUUGGUAGGUCAUCACCAACUCCAGAAUACAUCCGACUCUUACUGAAGCGCAUGGCAUUCNNAGAUCUUGCCGCCUCCAUCGUGACAAACAAGCCUCCUUCGGCCAAUCUUGUAAUUCCCUCUGAAAGUUUGAUGACCAGCGAGAUUGAUGAUCCUCUCACUUCUUACGAUGGCUGUCUCUGUUGCCUCGCACUAUCUAUGCGACUGGUUCACUUCGAACUUAUUCCUAUGCUAUUCGGUUUCCACGAAUCGCGUCUACAGCCUGUCGGUUCCCACGUUUCCCGGUGGGAUCGGUGGUUUGAACUCUGGAGUAGCUGUAUGUCGUGGUUCCAGGACCGACCUCGCAAGAUGAGGCCUGUACUUGAAAGCCCAGAUGAAGACCUCCGGCGCAAACAACCUUUUCCCAUCGAUGUGUUUACAAGUGCCACUGCUCUGCAAGCAAACCUUGUCAUGCACAUGUCAGCAGUAAAUCUGCUAUCACAGAAACCUCGUCUCACUAACGCAACCUCGAUUCUACAGCGGUUUAGAUCACGGAGUUGGCACGUUCAAAAGAUUGCACGCAUGUUAGUCGGUAAUCAUUUCAAUGAGCAGUGGGACCCGAUAGUGAUUGCUGCACUGCUUUUUGUUGCCAAGGAAAUGUCGCAUCCAUCCCAGCAGGAAGCACUAUUACCAUGCUUCCAUGAGAUCUCGAAUACAACACAUAUUCCUAUUGGAAAGGAAGUCGCCAGUCUUCGCGCAAACUGGCAGUCAAUACAACAAGAUGACCCACCGAACCUGCAUCAUCAUUCUGAGAACGAUAGUUUUGCGAAUGCGAAGCAAUUUUGA